AUGUCGAGGUUAGGAACUAAGGAAGAGAAGGCUGCUAUUCUCUCUGGAUGGCUUGCCCUAAUAGGCUUACUAAUUUCUCCUAAAAGUCUAGGAGAGCUGGGCGGGAUGGGAGCCAGGCUUCUUCUAUCCUUCUCCUCUAUGCCAGAUGGAAGCCUUAAGUUAAUAAAUACUUAUCUACUAAUUAAGCCGCUAUAUAGCUCUACCUUACAUAGUAAUACUAUUCUCGUAGGGUUCUUAGCUAGUUCUUAG